GGUCCGACUGAAUAGUCCUGGGAAGACAGUCUUAUACUGUUUCACUGCCGAGCUAGCUUCUUCCUCCGAUAGCACCAGUGGCAUAAGGUUAAUAUCUUUAGCACAAACACUGGUGCUUUUGUUGUGGCCUUUCAACAAUGAGUUUUAAUCGUUCUCGAAGCUUCUUGGAAACAUUUCACAGAUGUUAACACUUCUACAGGGACAGGAGUGACAGUCCUACAAUGUUCACAGAUAUGGACUACGAACUGGAGGAAGACAAACUUGGGAUCCCAACAGUUCCUGGCACAGUGACUCUAAAGAAAGAUGCCAAUAAUCUUAUCGGCAUCAGUAUUGGUGGUGGAGCACAGUACUGUCCUUGUCUCUAUAUUGUCCAGGUGUUUGAUAACACCCCAGCAGCCCUGGAAGGGACGUUGGCAGCCGGUGAUGAGAUCACAGGUGUGAACGGGAAACCAGUGAAGGGAAAAACAAAGGUGGAGGUGGCCAAGAUGAUUCAAACUGUCCAGGGAGAGGCUGUGAUCCACUACAACAAACUGCAGGCUGACCCCAAACAGGGGAAGUCUCUGGAUAUAGUGCUGAAAAAAGUCAAACACCGCCUCGUGGAGAAUAUGAGCUCAGGCACGGCCGAUGCCCUCGGACUUAGUAGAGCUAUUCUGUGCAACGAUGGUCUGGUCAAAAGACUGGAGGAGUUGGAGAAAACAGCAGAGCUCUACAAAGGGUUGAUGGAGCACACAAAGAAGCUGCUGCGAGCUUUCUUUGAGCUUUCUCAGACUCACAGAGCCUUUGGAGAUGUGUUUUCGGUCAUCGGCGUGCGAGAGCCUCAGGCCGCCGCCAGCGAGGCGUUCGUAAAGUUUGCAGACGCUCACCGGAACAUUGAGAAAUACGGCAUACAGCUGCUGAAAACCAUCAAGCCCAUGCUCCAUGACCUGAACACCUACCUUCACAAGGCCAUACCGGACACCAAGCUCACCAUCCGCAAGUACCUGGAUGUGAAGUUUGAAUACCUGUCCUACUGCCUGAAGGUGAAGGAGAUGGAUGAUGAAGAAUACACCAGUAUUGCCAUGGGAGAGGCUUUAUACCGCGUCAGCACAGGAAACUACGAGUACCGUCUGGUGCUGCGGUGUCGGCAGGAGGCCCGCGCCCGCUUUGCUAAAAUGAGGAAGGAUGUCUUGGAAAAGAUAGAGCUGCUGGAUCAGAAACACGUUCAGGACAUAGUGUUCCAGCUCCAGCGCUUCGUCUCCGGCAUGUCCAACUACUACGACGAGUGCUACGCUGUCCUGAAGGAGGCGGACGUGUUCCCCAUCGAGGUGGACCUGUCCCGCACCAUGCUCAACUAUAGCAGCCAGCCGUUCGCAUACACGGAUGAGGAGGAGGAGGAGGAGGAGGACGGGGGAGGCGGAGAAGAGGGCGGGAGCAGCCAAGCAGAGAACGGCGAAGAGAAACUGAUAGAUGACGAAUGAGCGGCGGGGGGGCGGCGGGGGGGUAGAAGGGCUUGAUUCUGUAAAUUUGCAGGCAUCUUUGAAACCCACUUAAUGAAGUACACCGACCACUAUUUACUGUAUUUGGUUGCAAAUUUUUCUAUUUAACUUUAUCUUUCAGGUUAUCCUGUUGAAAUGUAAUUUAUUCAGAUUUAUGAUUUGACAU